AUGUCUGAGGCUACCUUUCACACCACCAUCCAGGACCUCCGCAGGGCAGAGUCCAAGCUUUCUCUGUGUCAUCGUGGCCGUACCCCAGCGGACUCCAAUGUCUCUAGAAUGAAGUCUAUCAUCGAUCAAAACACCGACAUAGGCACACAAAUUGAGAAGGUAAAGGCCAACUUGCCUCUGCCUAAUCAACCUCCAGUUGCCAGUGACUGGAACUCCCUUGACCAGCGUAUUACAGGCGUUGGCUCCGGACGUUUAGAGUUCCCUCCUGAUAACACUGGCCUGCGUGGGAGUUUGGCUCCCGGCAAGAGCGCUGAUGAACUCGAACUUUAG